AUGAGGACUCUUAUACUUAUUUGGGAAACAAAGGCUGACAUAGCUAAGGAACAGGCUGACAAAGAACAGAAGGCUGACAUAGAACAAAAGGCUGACGUAGAACAGAAGGCUGACAUAGAACAGAAGGCUGACAUAGCUAAGGAACAGGCUGACGUAGCUAAAGAACAGGCUGACGUAGCUAAAGAACAGACUGACAUAGCUAAAGAACAGGCAGACAUAGCUAAAGAACAGGCUGACAUUACUAAAGAACAGGCUGACAUAGCUAAAGAACAGGCUAAUAUAGAACAGAAGGCUGACGUAGAACAGGCUGACACAGAAUUGAAGGCUGACAUAGAAAAGAAGGAUGACAUAGAACAGAAGGAUGACAUAGAACAGGCUGACAUAGAAAAGAAGGCUGACAUAGAAAAGAAGGCUUACAUAGAACAGAAGGCUGACGUAGACCAGGCUGACCCAGAAUUGAAGGCUGACAUAGAACAGAAGGCUGACGCUGACAUAGAACAGAAGGCUGACGUAGAACAGAAGGAUGACAUAGAACAGGCUGACAUAGAACAGAAGGCUGACAUAGAACAGAAGGAUGACAUAGAACAGAAGGCUGACAUAGAACAGAAGACUGACAUAGAACAAAAGGCUGACAUAGAACAGAAGGCUGACAUAGAACAGAAGACUGACAUAGAACAAAAGGCUGACAUAGAACAGAAGGCUGACAUAGAACAGGAGGCUGACGUAGCUAAAGAACAGGCUGACAAGACUGACAUAGAACAAAAGGCUGACAUAGAACAGAAGGCUGACAUAGAACAGAAGGCUGACGUAGAACAGGCUGACGCAGAACAGAAGGCUGACAUAGAACAGAAGGCUGCCGUAGAACAGAAGGCUGACAUAGAACAGAAGGCUGACAUAGAAAAGAAGGCUGAUAUAGCUAAAGAACAGGCUGACGUAGCUAAAGAACAGGCUGGCGUAGCUAAAGAACAGGCUGACAUAGAACUGAAGGCUGACAUAGAACAGAAGGCUGACAUAGAACAGAAGGCUGACAUAGUAAAGAAGGCUGACAUAGAACAGAAGGCUGAAAUAGAAAAGAAGGCUGACAUAAAACAGACGGCUGACAUAGAACAGAAGGCUGAUAAAGCUAAAGAACAGGCUGACGUAGCUAAAGAACAGGCUGCCGUAGCUAAAGAACAGGAUGGCGUAGCUAAAGAACAGGCUGACCUAGAACUGAAGGCUGACAUAGAACAGAAGGCCGACAUGGAACAGAAGGCUGACAUAGAACAGAGGGCAGACAUAGAAAAGAAGGCUGACAUAGAACAGAAGGCUGAUAUAGCUAAAGAACAGGCUGACGUAGCUAAAGAACAGGAUGGCGUAGCUAAAGAACAGGCUGACAUAGAACUGAAGGCUGACAUAGAACAAAAGGCUGAAAUAGAACAGAAGGCUGACAUAGAACAGAAGGCUGAUAUAGCUAAAGAACGGGCUGACGUAGCUAAAGAACAGGAUGGCGCCGACGUAGAACAGAAGGACGUAGCUAAAGAACAGACUGACAUUACUAAAGAACAGGCUGACAUAGCUAAAGAACAGGCUAAUAUAGAACAGAAGGCUGACAUAGAACAGGCUGACACAGAAUUGAAGGCUGACAUAGAACAGAAGGCUGACAUAGAACAGAAGGCUGACAUAGAACAGAAGGCUGACGUAGAACAGAAGGCUGACGUAGAACAGGCUGACGUAGAACAGAAGGCUGACUUAGAACAGGCUGACAUAGAACAGAAGGCUGACAUAGAAAAGAAGGCUGACGUAGAACAGGCUGACGUAGAACAGAAGGCUGAUGUAGAACAGAAGGCUGAUGUAGAACAGGCUGACAUAGAACAGAAGGCUGACAUAGAACAGAAGGCCGACGUAGAACAGAAGGCUGACGUAGAGCAGAAGGCUGACGAAGAACAGGCUGACAUAGAACAGAAGGCUGACGUAGAACAGAAGGCUGACAUAGAACAGGCUGACGUAGAACAGAAGGCUGACAUAGAACAGAAGGCUGACGUAGAACAGAAGGCUGACGUAGAACAGGCUGACAUAGAACAGAAGGCUGACGUAGAACAGAAGGCUGACGUAGAACAGGCUGACGUAGAACAGAAGGCUGACGUAGAACAGAAGGCUGAUGUAGAACAGGCUGACAUAGAACAGAAGGCUGACAUAGAACAGAAGGCUGACGUAGAACAGAAGGCUGACGUAGAACAGGCUGACAUAGAACAGACUGAUUUAGAACAGAAGGCGGACGUAGAACAGAAGGCUGACGUAGAACAGAAGGGUGACGUAGAACAGAAGGCUGACGCAGAACAGAAGGCUGGUGUAGAACAGAAGUCUGGUGUAGAGGAUACGAGAUCCACUACCAAAAAGAAGGCUGACAUAGGACAGAAGGCUGACAUAGGACAGAAGGCUGACGUAGCUAAAGAACAUGCUGACAUAGAACUGAAGGCUGACAUAGAACUGAAGGCUGACAUAGAACAUAAGGCUGACAUAGAAAAGACGGCUGACCUAGAACAGAAGGCUGCCGUAGAACAGAAGGCCGACGUAGAACAGAAGACUGACAUAGAACAGAAGCCUGACAUAGAAAAGGCUGACAUAGAACAUAAGGCUGACAUAGAAACGGCUGAUUUAGAACAGAAAGCGGACGUAGAACAGAAGGGUGACGUAGAACAGGCUAUAGCUAAAGAACAAGCUGACGUAGCUAAAGAACAGACUGACAUAGCUAAAGAACAGACUGACAUAGAUAAAGAACAGGAACAGGCUGACGUAGCUAAAGAACAGGCCGACAUUACUAAAGAACAGGCUGACGCAGCUAAAGAACAGGCCGACAUUACUAAAGAACAGGCUGACGCAGCUAAAGAACAGGCCGACAUUACUAAAGAACAGGCUGGCGUAGCUAAAGAACAUGCUGACAUAGAACUGAAGGCUGACAUAGAACAGCCUGAUUUACAAAAGAAGGCGGACGUAGAACAGAAGACUGACAUAGAACAGAAGGCUGCCGUAGAACAGAAGGCAGGCAAGGCUGAUAUAGAUAAAGACCAGGCUGACGUAGCUAAAGAACAUGCUGACAUAGAACUGAAGGCUGACAUAGAAACGGCUGAUUUAGAACAGAUGGCGGACGUAGAACAGAAGUCUCGUGUAGAGGAUAUGAGUUCCACAACCAGUCUGGUGAAGAGGAUAUGA